ACAGAUUUCUUUAGAGUUUUUAUUUAUCGUUGUGGUUAUGAAAUAGCACCUUGAAUCACUGGCUAGCCGAAUCAGAGUCCUUAUCUCAGAAUAAACAAUCGGACAGCAGGAGGGAGAAUGACGUCAUCCAUUUUCAAAAUGUUAAUAAAAUACGACUCGCUCCCCAGCUAAAUCAUAUCCAGCAAUCCUUAGUUUAAUGCAAUACUUAAUUGCCAAAUAAAGUUUCAGUAUUUUUCUCAACUUUUUGAAAGAAAAAAUUACAGGAAGUAAAAUGAACUUGAUAUUGGAACAAAUUGACCGAGUGUUUUCGGCCCCUGAUUCGCUGAAGUUUGUUUCUGGUCUGAUGGUUUUGUGGGGGAUUUCUAAUUUAAUCACGCUUCAGUUCACCACGGCCCCCUACGGCCGGUACACACGUCCGGGAUGGGGAUACCUCAUGCCUGCUAAGCUCGCCUGGUUCCUACAAGAGUUACCGUCCUUUGUUGUACCGCUUAUAAUACUCUCAAGGUGGCGCUCUGAUGAGUUAGUGAAUAUCCAUGGAAAUAACAAGAUUUUGAUUGGAUGCUUUCUAGUACACUACUUUCACAGGACUUUCAUUUUCCCGCUGCGGAUAAGGGGAGGUAAACCCAUUCCUUUGUUUCCUUUUAUGGCCGCCGUUUUUUUCUGUUCAGUAAACGGCGCUCUACAGACGUACGGGAUACUCCUACCGAAUACUGAGAUCCACCACUGGUUCCAGAAGGCAAGGUUCUGUCUUGGUAUUAUUUUAUUUUUUACGGGGAUGUACAUUAACAUCCGGUCUGACAGUUUGCUGACGUCACUAAGGAGAGAGAAAGAAGGCACAUAUCAAACUCCAAGAGGAUUUCUAUUCGAGUACGUCUCUGGUGCUAACUUCCUGGGAGAAAUCGUGGAGUGGAUCGGGUUUUCUGUGGCGUGUUAUAAUCUCCCCUCUCUAGCCUUUGCUGUAUUUACUCUCUGUAAUAUCGGCCCUAGGGCUUUCCAUCAUCACAGAUUUUAUCGAGAGAAAUUUGAUGAUUAUCCAAAAGACAGAAAGGCUCUGAUUCCGUUUCUUUUUUAGGACGGGGUUUCAACCACAGAAUCACGGGGAUCAUGCAAUAAAUACACUUAUAUUUUUAUACAUUUCCAAUGAAUUUCUAAAGUUAUGAAAAAAUUAAGAGAAAAAAAAAAUAUACUGGCGAACUUGAUGUGUCUCAUUGCAAUGAAUACACUAACAUUUGUAUGUUACACUUUUCUCAGAAUUUAAAAAUUAAGGAGGCUGGGGGUGGGGGGUGGGUGGGGGGGUUGAC